AUUCUCUUAUGUGAUACUGCAUUCAGAGAUGCAGAUGUGACAGUUAUUCUUGUUGUCAGUUGAUUUUUAGUUUGCAGUCUAAAGUUCUAAUUAUCUACCUUAUUGUUUCAGUGACGUAACAGGUGUCUUGGAAAGAAAAUUUAAAAAUUGGACUCCUUCUGACUGAUGGAAAGCUAGGGAUUAGAUAUUACAACUUUGUAGAGUAGAGAAGAUUUAUGAACGUGAGAGGGAUUGCCAGAAUGGUGCAGGGAAGACGAAGGAAGUAUCAGAAGAUUUGCCUUCAGAUCUCAAUGCUAAUAUGUUGUGUAGUCAUUUUAUUGAUUAUAAAAAGACUUUAUGUUGAAAUAGUAGGGUACAUGCCACAAAAACCUGUUGAACAAGUAAAUAGAGACUUUGAUAAAUAUUUGGUUAAAUAUGAGAACAAUUAUUGGAAAGCUGCUCCUGUUAAAAAGGUUGUAAUUUGGACACCGUUCUUUGGUGGGUGGGGAUGGGUGGAUGAUGCUCAAAAUGCAAUGAAUACUUGUAAGGCAUCGUGUACAUUUACAAGUGAUCAGACAGCUGUACAGACAGCAGAUGCCGUCUUAUUUCAUGCAAAUGAUUUAUGGAAGUAUCGGGGGUUACUCGGUACCCUGUAUAAUAUUGAUAUUCCGAUGCCAGAAUACAGAACUCCUGAUCAGGUUUGGGCUGUAUUAAGCUGGGAACCGAUGACAUUCAUGUGGGGAAAAGUAAAACCAAACACUUUCAAUUGGACUAUGUUAUACAGGAGGGAAUCUACUGUUUAUAAUCCAUUUACAUCCUUUUACAAGAUGACACCCGAGGAAGCCAAGGCUAAAAGGAAACCAAAAAAUACGGAAAUGUUUUUAAGGAAGAAAACCAAGUUUGCUUCCACUAUGGUGAGCAACUGCUAUGAUCAAGCACAGCGAUACAAAAUAAUUAGAGAGUUACAACGUUAUGUUGAUGUGGACAACUUUGGUUCAUGUACUGGAAACAUGAUAUGUCCACAUGGUGUUCCAACAACAGAAUGUGGAAAAAAAUACUUAAAAGACUACAAGUUCUAUUUAGCAUUUGAAAACAGUUUUUGUCGAGACUACAUUUCUGAGAAGUUUUGGAACGCUUUAAGUCGACAUCAGAUACCAGUUAUAGCAGCACCAAAGUACAAUCUAGAACUUGUUCCACCAAAUUCCUACCUGAAUGUGUUUGAUUUUCCAAGUAUUAAAGCGCUAGCUGAGAGAAUGAUUGAGAUUGCCAACAAUGAGACUUUAUAUAACAGCUUCUUUGAUUGGAUGAGGUAUUACAAUGAAGAUAGUGAAGGUGUAUAUUGUAAGUUCUGUAAAGAGUUGCACGCUAACAGACCAGCUCAGAGCUAUGCUAACAUGGAAGCCUGGAUCAAAGAUGACAUGUGUUACAAAAGCACGCCAUGGUCACUGGUGUCGGGAUUCAUCCAAAGAAAGCUCUUUGAUAUUGGAUUGUUGUAGGCAGAUGCAGACAAAAAAUGGGUCCGUGGAAUGUAUAAAGCAAGCUUUGUUAACACGAGUAGAAGAGUCAUUCCAGAAGGAUUUUCGAUGGACAGUCUUUGUAUGCUUCACUGGAUAGGAUUGAAAUUGCUAGAUGAUACACUUCUGUAAGACAGAUUAUAAAACAAGUCAGAAAACUGUAAAAAUAAUCUAAAAUCUGCUUCCAGUUUCAUUAUCAUUGUAAAAUAACUAUAUAAGAUUUUGAUAUUUCUGUUACCAACUCUGUAAACACAGGUUUGACAAGUGUUUGUCCCUCUAGAAAUGUGAUAUUUUAUUACAGUGUAGAUGGUAUUGAUGAUGAAAACCCACUUAGGGAAAUAAGUCAGUUAUAUGUUCUAUGAAAAGGUAGGAAUUGUUCAAAAGUAUUUUAAGACAACAAGUUAACAUAUUUUGAAAUGCUAACAAAGAUGCAGUAUAACUCGCAUUCAGCAGUUACCUCUUUGUUCAAAUAUACUGGUAAACAUGGAAGUCCAUCGCACUUUAACUGAAGCAUUCUUGUGGAGAAAACUUGUCAUUUAUCACUGCAGAAAGAGAAAAAUGUGUCCAUUUUAUCAUUUGACUUUGAUAUUUUGAAAUUGACUUUUAGGUCUAAGUUACUGAUCUUCCUCUUUUUUAGCUCGACUAUUCGAAGAAUCAGUCAGUAGAGUUAUCCUACUCGCCACGGUGCCGGCAUCACACCUUGGUUAAGUUUUUCGUACCAGUCCACACUUUAACAAAGUCUUUUGAGAUAAAGCUUUGAAACUUUCAACACUUGUGUACCAUCACCAUGUCCAGUUUUAGGCAAGAGUACAUAACUCUAUCAAGGAUUUUGGCAGAAUUAUGGCCUCUUUAAUUUUAGAAAUCUUGGUUAAGUUUUUCAUACCAGUUCACAUUUUGUGUAAAGUGUUCAACAUAUGGCUUUGAAACUUUUAUCACUUGUUUAUUUACAAAAGUCUCUAUCUGUAGGCAAGAGAACAUAACUCUGUCAACUAUUUUGGCCAAAUUAUGGCCCUUUUUGGACUUGGAAAUUGGUACAAUUUUUGUAGAAGUCCAUGUUUUGUCAAAACUAUUUGACCUGUGGUUUUGAAAGUUUGAACAAUUGUUUAUCAUCAUGAUUUCCAUCUGUAGACAAAAUUUGGUCCGGUUGGGUAAAAAACUAGGUUACUAGGCCAUAUUGAAGGAAAAAAAAACACUAGAGACUGCAUUUAUGCUCCAGUCUUCAUGAAACUUGGUCAGAAUGUUUUAUUUCCUUGAAAACUCAGACAAGUUUGAAACUGGGUCAUGUGGUGUCAAAAACUGGUUCACUAGGUCAAACAUGUUUGUUAUGGUAUGUUACUGUGGUGAGCGACCUAGGGUCAUCAUGGCCUUCUUGUUGUACAAGUCAAUGUUUUGUCAAAACUAUUGGACUUGUGGCUUUGAAACUUUUAACACUUGUUUAUCAUCAUGAUUUCCAUCUGUAGGCAAGAGUACAUAACUCUGUAUUUUGGCUGAAUUAUAGCCCUUUUUGGACUUGGAAAUCAUUUAAUUUUUUCAUACCAGUCCAUAUAUUGCCUAACCUGUUGUCAUUUAGCUUGGAACUUUGACCACUUGUUUACCAUCAUAGUCUACAUAUGUAUGCAAGACUACAUUACUAGGACAAGGACUUUAGCUCAGUUAUGGCCCUUUUUGACAUAGAAAUUAGUUAAGUUCCACAUACCAUUCUAUAUUUUGUCUAAACUGUUUGAUAUGCGGCUUUGAAACUUUGAACACUUGCUUACCGUCAUGGUCACACAUUGCCAUAUAGUGCAAGACUUAUCCACAAAUGCAGGUACAUAGUUUAUCUUAUCUAUUCUUUUUCUUUUGUCUGAAAAUCUCAGGUAAUAUUUUGACCCUAUACUUCUAUCAAUUCUUCAAAUAGUCAAGCAUGCUGUCAACAGACAGCUCUUGUUUUACCAGACCAUACUUUUUCCUAAACAUUCAUAUUGACUUUUUCUUGCUAACAUUCCAUUUGUCUGUGAUAAUUGACUGGUUGUUUGCAAAGUUUUGUAUCAUUUUUGUUAAACAUUGAUGAAAUCAUCUGAAGUGUUAUAUAAUAUGUUUGAUUGUGUGCCUUUAUAUUUUAUUGCAUUGAUAAUCAUGUUAUUAUUGAUUUAUAAUUGAUUAUUGUGAGCCUAGUAUUACUUUUAAAACAUUAUGCUCAGUGCCACUGUUGUACCUUGUUAUAUGAUAUACAAGUGUAUUAGUCAUUGUGUUUCUGAAUAAAUUUUUACAAUGUUUGAUAAUAUAAAUUGAUAAACUAUAAUUGCAAUGUGAAUGUAAAUGUGGUGUAAAAAUCUAGGAACAACUUUACUUGAUUAUACUGUCCUACAUGAUGAAUAUAUGACCAUUACACAUCUAAAUUUUACAAUUUAUAAUAGAUCAAAAUUAAGCAAUAAGAUUUUAGCUCGACUGAUUCAAAUUUUUCAAAUAGCAGAGCUUUUGUUGAAUUCUAAGUCUGCAUCUACACCAUAAAAGGUUUGCAUAUAGGCAGGUUUCUCUGUAUGCAUCCAAACUUCACACUUGUCUUUGCCAUCAUUAAGUGACCUCACAGGACACGUUACAUAACUCUAGCCUUUAUUUUGUCAAAACUGUGCUCCUUUUUAACUUAGAAAUUUUGUUUGAGGUUUUGCAUGUAUGAUUUCUCAGAAAGUAUUAGCCCAAAUGUUUUCAAACUUCACACAUGUCUUUGGCAUCACAAUUUGAUCUCUCAGGUCAAAUAACAAAACUCUAGUUUAUAUUUAGCUAAAAUUGUGCCCCUUUAUAACAUAGAAAGUUUGAAGAAAAAAAAAACAUAUAUUAAGCAGGUUUCUCAGAAAAAACUUGACUGAAUGCCUUUAGACAAAUCACAAGUUUUGGUCAUUAUGAGAUGAUCUUACAGAGCAGGUUUUGUAAAAUUUCACAUACAUUUUGUCAAAAGUAUGCCCCUUUUAACAUAGAAAUUUUAUGAAUGUUUUGAAUGUAAGCCUUUACCUUAGACUGCUCGACCAAAUGUUUUUAAACCCAUACAUGUUUUGCAUGCAAGAAGGUUUCUCAGGAACUAUGGUACCAAAUGCUGUCAUUACUCGUAACAGUUCAUUCCCAUCAUAACAUGACAGUUCUGAAUCAGGUUUCAUAUCUCUAAUUCACAGUUUACAAAAUUAUGGCCAUUUUUAAGUGAGAAAAUGUGGUAACGCUUUUUAUAUGUGAGCUAGUAUUAUGUGGAAAGGUCUCAAAUAGUCGAGCACAUCCAGUCAAUGUGCAGAGCACACAACCCAGUCUUUGAGGUCUAAGGUCAAGGUGACUCAAGGUCACACAUGGAGACCAAAGCUCAAAUAGCUUAAUUUUGUGACAGUCUAGUAUUAUUACUUGGAUGAUUCUGAUGUAACUAGCAUUUUUAUUUACCAACACAACCUGUCACUAGGUCCAAGGUCAAGGUCACUUUUAAAGGUCAAAAUUCAUCAUCGAAACAUUUAACUUUCCCUAUAUCAAAAUAGCAUAUUGGGGGCAUUAAUCAAUUAUGGUGAUUGCUGUAGUUUUGUUUAUUUAUAUGUAAACAGCAUUAUAUUGUUUGAAUGAACAUGUUAGUUAGAAUUUGUUAUUGACAAAGCUAGUCAGAAGACAAGUCUUAAAGUUUCUCAUUCACAGACUUUGAGAAAGAUACAAAAGUGUUCAUGCGCACAUAAUGGGAUAUGAAAUGUAUAUUUGAUAAAUAUGAAAAAAUGUAAAGCUAUACCAAAUACAGUGUAACUUCUGUAAACUGCACACCCUUGGGACCAGAAGGAAAGUCUGGUUUUUGGAAGUUUCCUGUAUUUGGAAGUACAGAGUGAUAUAUAUGAAUUCUAAUUCACUCUAUAUCAUAAAAUAAUCUACAGGUUUUGUAUUGUAAUGUUUACAAUUGCACAUUUUUUGGGAGUUUUUUUUAUUCUGUUUAAAAAAGUGUUUUCCUUAAGUGACUUUUAGUUAUAUUGAUUUAUUUUACACAGGUUUAUUAUUCUUUUGUUACUGUGAAACAAUCUGGUACUUUUUCAUUGCCUAGUCUAUGAUGUGUUCUAUUUGGGUGAGUGUUUGACAUGUUGUUGCAAUGUCUGAAAAGUUAAAAAUAGUAAUUGAGUAUGGCAUAUCAGGCAUGAAUUG